AUGGGGGACCUCUGGCAUUCCACUGCAGAACUCAAAAUUCCAUUAUCUAGGGUCAGUCCUCCACCAGUCCCCCACCCACUUCAGGUGCUCCAUCACCAUCCACCACCAAAACCGCACCUCAACUUCCCCCAUUCCCAGGAUCAUCCAUCACCCGCAAACAAGCAGUCUCCUAAAACCUCUCUGGGAUCCACACCAGAAAAGCCCAAAAGCUGUCCAGCCACAGCCGAGUCUUCGCACCCCACAUCCAACUUGUUUGUCGCUACAGUCUUCACCCUCCACAAAAAAAAAAGCAUCCCAUCUCCCACCACCAGCUUCCAACACCUCCCUGUUCCCAAUCAUCGGAACCACACCACCCGCUCCCGCCUUCCGAGCAACCAUACCAUACCACUGCCAUCCUUCAACCAACGCACCGCUUCAGCAUUGGAAACCUUAUGA